AUGGAGAUAUGGUGGGGACAGGAACCAAAGCCUUUUGCUCAAUGGACUGCUGAUGAAAACAGGCGAGCUCAAUAUGACGUUAAAGCCAGAAACAUUAUAUCAUCUACUCUAACUCUUGAUGAGUUCUACAGAAUUUCUAUCUGCACCAGUGCAUGCGAGAUGUGGGAAAUCCUUCGAGUGACUCAUGAAGGAACUGACGAUGUUAAAUGGGCUAGAAAGAACUCCUUGAUACAAGAAUAUGAGAUGUUUCGAAUGCAGCAAGGAGAAACCAUCUACGAUGUGCAGAAGCGGUUCACACAUAUCGUCAACCAUCUCAAUGGGCUAGGUAAAACAUUUGAUACUGAUGAACUUAACAUAAAAAUUCUUAAAUCUUUGAAUAGGACUUGGCAGCCAAAGGUGACGGCUAUCACGGAGUCACAGAAUCUUGCAACAAUGACCAUGGGGGCUCUGUUUGGAAAACUGAGAGAGCACGAGCUUGAGCUGGGAAGACUGAAUGAUGAAGAAGAUCAAGGAAGAAAGAAGAAUAUUGCAUUCAAAACCGAGGUUGUCAAAGGCAAAAAGCAAAAAGAGGAAGAAGAUUCUGAUGAUGAUGAGAAUCUCAGUCUCAUGAUAAAGAAGUUCACAAAGUUCAUGAAGUCCAAAGGAAGAAAUCAAUUCAAGAGAUCCGAUGAGGAAGAAGCAAACUUUUGCUUAAUGGUCAAUAGUGAUCACUCUGACAGUGAGUUAACUUCCAAAGCUAGAAAAUCAUUGUGGUACCUUGACAGUGGAUGCUCAAGACACAUGAUGGGUGAUAAAAGGAAGAUCAAGAAUCUCAAAAGAAAGGAUCAAGGAUUUCUUACAUAUGGAGAUAACAACAAAGGGAAAAUAAUUGGAAUUGGAGAUGUUGGUGGAGGGGAUACCUUGGAGAUCAAGGAUGUGCUACUUGUAGAAGGACUAAAGCACAAUCUUCUCAGUAUUAGUCAACUAUGCGACAAAGGUCUCAAAGUUAUCUUUGAAAGUGAUUAA